GUGCCGGAUGUGGCGUUCGGUCGUUUCCCUCCCUCUGGGUUGAGAAGGAGACCGAGCUGUGCGGAGCGAGAGAGAAAAAAAUCCCAUAAACAGGCAGGGAGGGAGGUGCUCGCUUCGCUUCUUGCUGAGUUCCUAGUCUUCCAUCAUGAAUCCGGUUUAUAGCCCCGUUCAACCUGGGACUCCUUAUGGAAAUCCUAAGAACAUGGCUUACACAGGUUAUCCUGCAGGUUACCCUACAACUGCACCAGCCUAUACUGCUAAUAUGUAUGCUAGUGGCAGUCCUGGAUAUCCUCCAGCUUUAUUCAUGAUGAGACAGAGCUGGCCACAGACGUCAACUUCUGGUGCCACUGAGGGUACUUAUGACCUCCCAGUCGAUGCUGGCACUGAGAGCAGAACUUUCCAAGCUUCUUCUGCGUCAUUCAGAUACACUGGAGGAACCCCCUACAAGGUAGCACCUACUCAGAGUAAUGGUGCACCACCACCAUAUUCUCCAUCUCCAAACCCUUACCAGACUGCCAUGUAUCCCAUUAGAAGUGCCUAUCCACAGCAAAAUCUGUAUGCCCAGCAGGGGGCUUAUUAUACACAACCUGUGUAUGCAGCACAACCCCAUGUAAUUCACCAUACCACGGUAGUGCAACCCAACAGCAUUCAACCUGCAAUUUACCCGACUUCUGUCCCUGCGCCACGGACCAAUGGGAUGGCUAUGGGUAUGGUUGCUGGGACUACCAUGGCGAUGACAGCAGGGACUCUGCUGACCACGCCACAACAUACUCAACUAGGACCACAUCCUGUUUCUGUGCCAACGUACAGGACUCAAGGAACACCUGCGUAUAGCUACGUACCUCCACACUGGUAAAUUCGCAAACCAAUUCAUAUCUGGAGUCAGACAUUGUAUGCAACUACUCAAGUCUUAUGUUGGUGCUUGUGCAUCGAAGCCACAUGGCACCAAGUUUGUUUGCAAGGACAAAGUCAAAGGUCACUUUAUGCAUUAAGUGUUUUUUUUUGUAAAAGCUGCUUUUCUCCAAAUUUCUGCCUCAUUUAAGUUCUUUUCCAUCAUAGCUACUCAAAAUUGUUACUGACCAACAUUUGUUAUUACCAGUGAGGCUACGGCCAAAGGGGCCUAUUCAAUGGUGAGAGGACAUCCUUUUAAAAAUUGCAUGUUUCACUAUUUCUGUUAUUCAGAUCCCAGAUAGAGGUCUACAUUGACAUUUAAAAGCAAAAAAUUGAGCCCAAUCUAAAUUUGAUGCAUCAAUCCUAAGCAAGGCAAAACAUUAUUUCAGUCUAAAGGGAAAGCACGAUUGUCUCUUUGAUCUGAUUGGUAUUCUCAAUAUAGCAAAUAGCAGCCAUAAAAGCUGAGAUGUUCAGUUAGAAUAUUAACCUUUCUAGUUGCAUUUAAAAGGUAUUAUCAAUAUUAGUACUCACCACUGAAAUGGCCUUUGAUCUUUUUUUGUUUUUGAUAGAAUUAUUCAGGAAAGCUUUGAGGGGUUAAAGGGAUAUAGAAAUAAUGGCGCACUCAUUUCAUUGCUGCAGCACAGUGAAUUCUUGGGAUGGCUUAAAUAAUGCAGCAUUACUUGUUUGAAAUAGUUGGCCAGAAUCUUUGUUCAAGAUGAAGUAAUUGGCUCACCACCGUUUCUUCCUGCAGCCAAUUCAUUACAGCUAUUAAAUCAGCAUUGUGUUCAUUUGGGGUUCUAAAUACAGCUUGCACUGUAUUGAAAGCGAUAUUACUAUGGCAUUGGCUUUACUUUGCUGCUUGUUAAAGAAAAAUAAUCUGGAUUCAUGAUGCACAAAGGUUGUUCUCCUCAAACCUGUGAAAUUCUACCACCGUUAAGCUCUUUAGUAUCCUGGGUUUAUGCUGUCUCCCUCAUUAAAUUGAACUAGUUGUCAGUUUGUUAGAAGUUAUUACUGACAUUUUUGCAAUUAUUUGGAAGUUUAAAAUGUCAUUUAAAUAUUAUACAAUUUCAAGCAAAGCAAUUACACUUUCAGGUAUUUCUUAAUGAAAAGACCUGAAUAGAAGAACACUGCAGUUUUAAAACUCUUGAUGGUCUUAGUUGAUAGGAAUUUGUGGAAAAUACCAUCCACACAGAAUGGGUGCAGUGUUAAUUUAUGAAAAUAUUAAUUCAUAGCCUGGCAAAUAAAUCCUUUCCAUCUUGUUUUGGGAAUGAAUGUAAAUGACUGGAAAGCACUGACAAAGGUAUGAGGGUGAAGUAUUUUGAAUUUUAGGGAGUACAUAUUUUCCUUCAACUUAGAAAUGACCACAUAUCAAAAUUCUGUCAAAACACAUAAGAUAGGUUAUGUUGCACAAUACAUAUAUAAAAAAUAAUCUAUGCUAAUAAACAGGUGCAAGACUUUAUACAUGAAUAUAUAUAUAUAGAUAUGUAUGUAACACGCCCGUAUUGUGUUUGUGGUUGGCUUUAUAGACUGAUUCUUGAAGAGAAAACUAUACAACACCUAGGUUUUAAAUAGAAUUGUAAUCAAAUAUAUUAAACUUCGCAGUCUGCUCUGGCAGAUUUUUUUUACAUUCAGAUCACAUAAUUAAAAGAGGUUAAUUGGAUAAUUUCCUAAAAUGCAUGUGGUGUUUUCUAUGCACUCACUGCAAUCCUAACCAAAUAAAGCUAUGGUUGUAAGGAGCAGCGCUUUGCUUUAAAGUAGCCUGUUUAAUAAUGGUAGGAAAGAGGGUAUAUUCUGCAUUAUCAAAGGAGGCAUUCUGAUGCUGAAGUAUUAAGGCGGUCUAAGUUUAAAAUGCUCAGAUUUGUAAGUAGUCAGAAAUGAUUGUUGCAGAAGAUUAAUUUUAAAUCAUACUUCAGCAAAUUUAAUAUUUGUUUAAGGUAUAGACAAAUCUGAUCCAUUUUGUAUUUAAUUGUGACAUUCUUGAGCAACAUUCCAUUAAGAAAAAAUGAGUUGGCUUAGCAUAUUAAAAGAAAAACAUCAGAGAGUUUUAAUCCUUUUUUUUUGCUAGAACAGCCAUUAUUUGGUCUACUGUUAAAAUUUGCCUGAAUUUCAGUGAUGGAUCUCUUAAAACUGUUGUACCGUUGAUUUCACCAACUAGUUAAUUUGACAAUGGAAAAAUAGAAUUUUUGACUAAUUUUCCUAAAUCAUUCCACAUCAGAGAAUGAGGCUUGGCUACAGUGUUCAGUAUCCACCAGCGUUACUGCAUUACAAACCCUGCAGUGAUUAGAUGGUAUUCUUCCCUGCCUUGAAGGAUUGAAGAACAAAUUAGUGAUGAGGGCUCUCACAUCCUGGCAAAAUAGGGAGGGAGAAAUCUUUGGUUUUUCAUUCAAGUUAUAUCACAAGUGAUUGAGAAACUGCUCAAUCCAGUGAAGACAUCAGAAGCAUCAGGCGUGCAGAUGUCUUAAGCUGAAAUUAAUUUGAGCGUUGCAAGUUUGAUACCAUCUGCCUUUAAAUUGAAACUCAAAACUAUAAAAUAGGCACUUAGUAAAAAAUGGUUUCUAAAUUACUAGGUACUAAUUGAAAGCAAGAUGCAAGUGAGCAAUUUUGAACAGAACCAGCCACUAUUGAUGCAAAUGAUUAUCUUGUGAUUAUGUUUUCAGUGAGAUUUUUUUUACAUUUCACUGAGAAAUCAUGAGUGCAUCGGUGCAAACUAAUUACUGCUCUUAAAAUCAGCAGUUUAGCUUUUUACAAGUUAAUGAUGGGGAGGGGGGACAAGCACAAUAUGCAAAGAAAUGUAGUUUUACUGUAAUUGUCUUGAGGUAAAAUUUCCCACUAAUUUGUAUGAAUGGAACUGGCAAAUGGGAAUUAUUCAAUGUAAUGUUAGCUAGUUAUGCCCUAUUGACUUAAUUGGUUUUAGGCAUCUUCAAAAAAUGUUUGUGCCUGAGGUCAAAGUAAAAUUUCCCAGCUCAUUGCAAAGGACCGAAUUCUGACUUCUCUUUGUAUUGCUAAUAUUUUGUAAAUGAGGGUGUAUUAAUAAGUGGGGGCUAAUAUUUCAGUCAUUAUUGAGAAGAUUAGGUUCAGAUUUUUGUAUUAAAUUUGCUUCACUUAAUGUCAAUUAAUAUACACAGGUAGGCUUGCAAGACAGUCUAAAUCCAUUUAUCCCUGAUGGAACUUUAUCCUCCAGCCAUUUAAUUAGUCCAUGUGAUUUUUUUUAAUCCCAUUGUUUCAAUAUUGUAAUGUAUAAUUAGGUUUGUCACAAUCUUUUUUUUAAACUGGGGUUUCUUCAUAUGAAAAGUACAAUUUUCUAAGCAGAAUUAUGUAAACUGUCUUAAAUUUGGUUCCAGUUUAUGGUGAAUUGAUGAUAUUACUCCUCCACAAAUAAGCUGCUUAAGUAGGGAGAGUUGCUCUGAAGCCUGGACAAACUAACCUGAGAGCACUUUACUCUAUCAAAAUUGAUAACCCUUGCCCCCCAGACUUGAGAAUGCUUAAAGCCAAAGUGCAGAUUUUGAAUAAAAUAAAUUCAUUAGAUUCCUUAAAUCCUUUUAAAUCUUACCCUGUUGCUAUAGUUUCAAGAGAAUAUAGCUGAUUGGUCUUGGAUAAUUUAACCGCUGCUCACUAGGCUAUUUUACUAAAUAGUUCACCAUUUGUCAGAUCAGUAUUGUGUCACCAGUUAAGAUAUUUUUGUAUCACUGCCCACAGUUAAGUGAUCACUUGGCUACAGACUAUAAGAUGUGCUUUGCUAAUUCCUAUUUUGAUAAAAUCUGCACUCAAUUACUAUUUCUGGUGACUUCAAUGCAGGUAAAUGCAUCUUUAUCAAGCAUAUAAAAUGUUUAUUUACUGAACUUGAACAUGGGGGAUGCAAUUCUUAAAUAAAAAUUAUUGGUGUACAUAGAGCAACAGCAGGCAUUGUGGUGGUCUUGUUAAUAAAACUUAAUGGCCAACAGGGUAAUGUUUUUCAACUAUUAAAGUGCUUGCAGUACU